GGGAAACCUCUGCACGCCCUCCCCAUCUGCUCCUGGUCGCCUCCUCGGAGCCGGCCGCCCAAGGUGCAUCCCGACUUGCUCAGCUCCACGCGACCCAGAUUCCUGCCCCGCCCCCGCCCCUCCCGCGCCCGCAGCCAGUGCGGCAGCCGCGGCAGCCUCUGUCCAGCUUCGGCGCCAGAGACCAACCGCGUCGAUUAGGGCCGCGAAGCGCGCCGCCCGAACGCUGGAAGAAGCAGAGAUGGAGACCGCCCUACUGAGCGCUGGGAGCUGCUGAGCCUUUUACUGUCAAAAGCUCAGUUCACACUUACUUAGACAAAAGCAGAUUUGGAAGUACGGUUUGCCUAGCAUCUGGAUAGUCAACAGAGGCACAAUGAAGCACUUCUUGAGGAUUUCUUCAAGCAAGAAUUGACUUUCAUUAGCACAUUCAUUGAAAUUGUUCAAAAUAAGCCACUUUUCUCUUAUUUUUCCAAAAGAAGACAUCUGAGUCACAAAUUUAAGAUGAUGGAGUAGUUUGCACUACAGGUACCCACUCCCCUCACCUUCAGGCAAGGAGCCACACGGUUGUAGAAUGUUGAUCCAGGUGUGCCUGUAUUUUUACUGUAAGUUUUUGUGGCGCUGCCUGAAGUUUGUAAUGAGGAAGCUAACUGGAAGAUGUGAACUGCAGCGGAUCUGCUACAAUACCAAACCUGGAGCUUCUAGAACCAUGAAGAUUGAAACAUCACUGAGGGAUUCUAAAAGUAAGCUGUUGCAGACUUCAGUGAGUGUUCACCCUGAUGCCAUUGAAAAAACUAUAGACGACAUCAUGGAACUGAAAAAAAUUAAUCCCGACAUAAAUCCACAGUUGGGAAUCUCUCUUCAGGCUUGCCUUCUUCAAAUCGUUGGUUACAGAAACCUUAUCGCAGAUGUGGAAAAACUGCGCAGGGAACCUUAUGAUUCUGAUAAUCCCCAACAUGAAGAAAUGCUUUUGAAGUUAUGGAAAUUCCUGAAGCCUAAUACUCCACUGGAAUCUCGCAUUUCUAAGCAGUGGUGUGAAAUAGGUUUCCAAGGUGACGAUCCUAAGACAGAUUUUCGAGGAAUGGGACUUCUGGGACUAUACAAUUUGCAGUAUUUUGCAGAAAGGGAUUCUACAGCAGCUCAGCAGGUCCUCUCUGACUCUCUUCAUCCAAAAUGCAGGGAUAUCACUAAGGAUGAAAUAAGCAAAUUCAGCAAAACAGAAUGGGAGAAGAAAAGGAUGGAUAAAGCAAUUGGGUACUCAUUUGCAAUUGUGGGCAUCAAUAUAACUGAUCUGGCAUAUAAUCUACUGGUCAGUGGAGCACUAAAAACCCACUUCUACAACAUCGCUCCAGAAGCUCCAACAUUGUCUCACUUCCAACAAACGUUCUGCUAUUUGAUGCAUGAAUUUCACAAGUUUUGGAUUGAAGAAGAUCCCAUGGACAUAAUGGAAUUUAAUCGUGUGAGGGAGAAAUUCCGCAAGAGGAUCAUAAAACAGCUGCAAAAUCCAGACAUGGCACUGUGCCCGCAUUUUGCUGCCUCUGAAGGUUUAAUCAACAUGUAGUCACCCACGCUGAUUUUAAUGGAUACCCUGGAACACUGCCUCAUUGUCGUGUUAGGUCUCUGCUUAGGUCACAGCUCAUUCACUGAAUGCACACAGUGAUUAUAUGCAUGCCUUUUGAUACAGUAUUUUCAUCUCUUGGUCAUAAUUCCAAGAUCCCCAAAUAUCACUAUUUCUGGACUAUCUGUCCUCCAGUGACUGCUCAUAUUAUGGCAUUAUACAGUGUUACAUCUUGCCUUGACACCCAGGUAUGGAAAGAGUUUUCUAUUUUUUUAAAUUUUUUCCUCCCCCUCAUAACUCAACAUUAAAGACUUGUAUUUCACUAGCUGUAUUUUGUAUGUAAGAGGUUUAGCUGAAUCUUGUUCUGUGAAAGCCUUUUAAUUUAUUGAUAUGUUUCAUGACUACUGCUGCUAGCUUUUCAAGCCAGGUUCAUGCUUGGACCUCAUUUCUGAUAAAGUAUAAGACUUUAACAUAAUACAGACAGACACAUGAUAAGCCAAACUCUUCCUGCAAACCUAGCUGUGCUUCACAAAAAUGUAAUGAGGCUUACAAGAAGUAACUUUAGGUAGGAGCUGUUUUUGUGUGAAGUUCUGCAGAAUUAUUUUGUAACUUAAUUCCAGUUGCAAUUGUAUCAUGGUCAUCUGGUGAUCAAAUGAUUUUUUUUUUAUUCUCAUAAUUUCACUGGCUUGGAUGUCUAAAUAUGUUCAUGAUUCUUGGAGCCUCAGAAGAGAAGUAAGCCAAUUUCAAAAGCUGCAAAAGGUUUUUCACUGCCCUCCUCUUCUUGCUGAACUCAGAGUUAUCCCCCAGCACUGUUCUGAUCCAAGCAUCUUUGCUUGGGGAACUGAGUGCUGACUGGUUUGUUUUCUAUGUCAAUGGGCAAUAUUAAAAAACAAUUUGCAAGAAAAUGUGUUGCAAGAGAGAAACCAAAACUAUGUCAUUCUGCAAUAUUUCUUGAAAAUAAUGAUCUUAUCAGUGGAAGAAGUAAAUUGCUUGGAAAAAGUAAAGUGAAAUCAUUCCAAAACUGCUAAAAAUCAUUUCAAAAAAUGUGAUUUAGUUUGGAAUUAUGAUUGUAGUCUGUUGAAUAGUAUUUACCAUGGCAUUUCAUACCCAUGGUAUUUUAUACUUUCAGACUAUCAAUUUUAGUAUUAUUAGAUGUUUGUGUAAUCACUUGCUUAUUUAAAUGAAUUUUGAGUACUGCCUGUCAGAUAUAUGAAUAAAUUACAUGUCAUUCUACUGUAA